CCCGCCCGGCGCGUUACGCAGCGCGGCGGUUGCGGCGGGGACGCGCUCGGGGCCAGGAGGUGCCGCAGGCCCGGGUGUGCGACCGCAGCAUGUCGGAAGGCGAGUCCAAGCAGGUGCCGAGCAGCGGCUCGGACCCCAAGCCGGAGCCCGCGUCGUCUGGCCCGGGGAUGACCUCGGUGUCUGCGCCGGUGACUUCCGCGGCGCCCCCGGAGGAGGAGGAGGAGGAGGAGAGCGAGGACGAGUCCGAGAUCCUGGAAGAGUCGCCGUGCGGCCGCUGGCAGAAGCGGCGCGAGGAGGUGAACCAGCGUAACGUGCCGGGGAUCGACAGUGCCUACCUGGCCAUGGACACGGAGGAAGGCGUGGAAGUUGUUUGGAAUGAAGUUCAGUUUUCUGAGCGGAAGAACUUUAAGCUUCAGGAAGAAAAAGUUAAAGCGGUGUUUGACAACUUGAUUCAGCUGGAUCAUCUGAACAUUGUGAAGUUCCACAAAUACUGGGCUGAUGUGAAGGAGAACAAGGCCAGGGUGAUCUUCAUCACUGAGUAUAUGUCUUCAGGGAGUUUGAAACAGUUCCUGAAGAAGACAAAGAAAAACCACAAAACUAUGAAUGAAAAGGCCUGGAAGCGAUGGUGUACCCAGAUCCUCUCUGCUCUCAGGUACGUGGGGAUCCUGGCAGUUGGGACUGAUGUGGUGGGGAGUGCAGGAGUUGAGCAUCAGGGAGCUCUCCAGAGUAUCCAGCUUCAUAACCUGGGUCUCACCACAGCCAGGAGGAUGUUGCAGAGAUCUUUGGGCUGCCUGGUUCACCUCACGUUCAGAAGUGAAGUGAUUUAUCUGGGAGAUUCUGGUUUCCUAGAUAAAAAAGGAAGUGAGCGCGACUGGACUUGUGGUCCAGAAGAGGAAUCCUCCAGAUGCUGUCUCUAUGGAUGUAAGUGCUUUGCUGUUCAUCAACUCAUUGACUUUAUCUCGUUUUACUUCCCGCUCACGGGCUGCUCUGUUACAACAGUCUUUCAUAGGAUAUUUGCUAAUGUGGCACCGGACACAAUUAACAACCACGUGAAGACCUGUCGUGAGGAGCAGAAGAACCUGCACUUCUUUGCCCCGGAAUACGGAGAAGUUGCCAACGUCACCACUGCUGUGGACAUCUACUCCUUUGGGAUGUGUGCACUGGAGAUGGCGGUGCUGGAGAUCCAGGGGAACGGGGAGUCAUCCUACGUGCCGCAGGAGGCCAUCAACAGUGCCAUCCAGCUGCUGGAGGACCCCCUGCAGCGGGAGUUCAUUCAGAAGUGUCUAGAGCAGGACCCUGGCAGGCGCCCCACGGCCCGAGAGCUCCUGUUCCACCCGGCGCUGUUCGAGGUGCCAUCGCUGAAGCUGUUGGCUGCUCACUGCAUCAUCGGGCACCAGCAUAUGAUUCCUGAAAACGCUUUAGAAGAAAUGACCAAAAACCUCGACAUGAACGCGGUGUUGGCAGAGAUCAACCAUGAGGACAGGGAAGGAGUCAAGAUGAUCUUCUCACAAUCUCCGGCGUUGGAGCUGGACAAGUUCCUGGAGGAUGUGAGGAAUGGAAUCUACCCCCUCACAGCUUUUGGGAUGCCGCGGCCCCAGCAGCCUCAGCAGGUCGUGGUGAAAUCCCCCAUCGCUCCCCCGUCGGUGAAAACCCCAACUCCAGAGCCCGCCGAGGUGGAGACCCGCAAGGUGGUGCUGAUGCAGUGCAACAUCGAGUCCGUGGAGGAGGGGGUGAAGCACCAUCUGACACUGCUGCUGAAACUGGAAGACAAGUUGAAUCGACACUUGAGCUGUGACCUGCAGCCCAAUGACAACAUCCAGGAGCUGGCAGCUGAACUGGUCCAGCUUGGAUUCAUCAGCGAGGCUGACCAGAGCAGACUCACCUGUUUACUUGAAGAGGCGUUUAGCAAGUUCUACUACACUCGGAACGGAUCCCUGACGGCAGUGACUGUGUCAUCUUAGCCCCACGGCUCCCGGGGCCAGCGCGGCCUCGCUGCCUGCGACCCCUCUGUCUGCCCACCACUGUCGGGCAUCCGCAAGACCCCAGCUGCAGUGCUUGGAAGCUCAUCCUGCAUGUGCCGUGGCUGGGCUCAGUGACAGUCCUCCCUGCCCGCCUCUAAAGGGGACUUUGCGCAUCAGUAUUAUUUCCAGCCCUGUUUUUGUUGGGAUUUUGCCCAGGUCAUGCUGCAGAGCUGAGGCCUGGCUCGGGGUGUUCUGCAGCCCCACUCAUGUGCAUGGAGUUUGUUCUGUUUGAAUUGUACAAAGUGUCUUUUGCACAGCACCGAAAUGGGGUUUUUUUGUUUUGUUUUGGUUUUUUUUUCCUUUUUCUUUUUUUUUCCCUUGUUUUAAUUUAAAGGUAAGCAGGGGUGAGCCCCUAUGCCCCGCACCCAUCUGCACCCCCCGUCACUCCCCCCGUUCCCGGGCCGCGGGGCCCGGGGGUGGCCGGGCUCCCCACCCUGCCCGGCGCUUCGCUCCCGCCCCCGGCUGCACUUUGUUUACUGGUUCGCACCCGCCCGGGGCCGCGGCGUGAGCCCGGGGCUGUGGCCCCCGGGCCGUGGCCCCGCGGCCCUGGCAGCCCCCCCGCCCUCCCUGCGGGCCCCGCGGGCCCCCGGGGCUGCGGGGGCUGCAGCGGCCCCGUCGCCCCCGUCCCGGCGCGUGGCGGGGCUGAGCCGCGGCUCCUGCAUCUCAUUUCUAUCAUUUCCUAUUUUUAAUAAACUGUUUUGUAAAUA